AUGGUAAACACAACAACGGCAAGAAUGCAGACACGUAUCCACCGUCUGAUCGAGGAUGAAGGGAUCGUCCUCAUCCCCGGUUGCUACGACACCCUCUCUGCUGCCAUCGUCCAGAAAACUGGCUUCAGUGCCGUCUUCAUCUCCGGCUACGCCCUCUCUGCUUCCCCCCUUAGCAAAUCACACUUCGGCUUACUUACGCCUCCAGAAAUGGCGGAAACGGUUCGCUUCGUCUGUGCCGCUGCUCCACUCAUCCCCAUCAUCGCUGACGCUGAUACAGGUGGUGGCAAUGAUCUCAAUGUUCAAAGGACUGUCCGAGACUUGAUUGCCGCAGGUGCUGUUGGUUGUUUUCUUGAGGAUCAAGCAUGGCCAAAGAAGUGUGGACAUAUGCGUGGUAAACAGGUGAUACAGGCAGAGGAGCAUGCUGCCAAAAUAGCCUCUGCAAGAGAUACUAUUGGCGAUUCUGACUUUUUAGUGGCUCAAACUGAUGCUCGUGCAACAUCAGCGAAAACAGGCCUUUCUGGUGCAAUUUCACGGGCUAAUCUCUACAUGGAGGCUGGAGCUGAUGCCUGCUUUGUGGAGGCCCCGAGGGAUGACGAUGAGCUCAAGGAGAUAAGGAGUCGAACAAAAGGUUACAGGGUCUGCAACAUGCUGGAAGGUGGGGUAACACCCUUGCACACACCAGAGGAGCUCAAGGCAUUGGGCCUCCAUCUGAUUGUUCACCCACUAACAAUUUAUGCAUCAGCCUGUGCAACUAUUGAUGUUCUCAAGGCUCUGAAGAAGACUGGGACCACCAGAGAUCAUCUUGACAAGAUGGUAACAUUUGAAGAAUUCAAUCAGUUGUUCAGCUUGGAGUCCUGGUUUGAUCUCGAAGCACGAUACUCAAAUUUCAAAAAUGUUAAAAACCAGCAAUAUGCUCCACUCAGGGAGGUAACCAAUGAGCAUUAUCUUUUGCUGGUUAAGAGUGAAGGGAGAAUCCUGAGCUGA